AUUUUUUCCUCCAUUAAGCAGUGAGAUUUCCAGUUUGCUCUUUCAAUGGUGGCUUCUGCUGCAAAACCUUCCAAAAAUGGCGGAAAAAACCACCAGCAGAGCUUUCAAAAGAACCUGUCCCGGCGAGUUUCGUUCAAUGAAUCCACUCUAUCCAAAUCGAGGGCGGAGCCAUACGGCGGUGACCUUGGAGGGCAGGGUGAAAAGGGAAAAUGUGGCUCACGGUUCAACGUGUGCUGUGCCUGCGGAUCCUUAAUCGUAGGCGUCGCCCUUCUCUUCAUCCUCCUCAUAUGCGGAAUAUACUUCGUGUUCCUCCAGUCGAACCUCCCACAUUUUCACGUCCAGAGGAUUGACGUCGUUAAACUCAAGAUAAACGAAUCCAAAGACGAUACAUUCUUGACAUCGGAAUUUAACAUAUACCUCAACGCGACCAACAAAAAUGGUAAGAUUGUGCUCGUAUAUAGCCACGUGCACGUUGAAGUAUCGUCCGAAGGUGUCGACUUGGGGAAAAUGCAUUUGAAGGACUUUACUCAGAAACCUAGUACGACAGCUGAAGUGAAAGUGCAUACCUCCGUUAAGGACAUUGAGGUUGAAGAUGCUGAUGCUCAAGAUUUAGAGGACAAGUCCAAGGUUCAUCAGUUGCUUAUGGAUAUUAUCCUAAGAGGCCACAUUGAUUUCUUAUUGCAUGGCAAAAAAAUGAAUGGAUUUCCCUUCAGAGUUUUGUGCAAAAGCAUUUAUCAAGGAGAUGUUGACAGUGGACACUUUCCUUCUUGCAAUGUCAAAAUGAGCCCUCUAAGUUGAUAAAUUACAAAAAGAAAAAUGUGCAGCAAAGCGUGGAAGCAUGGUUACAGUCUUGGAUUCACAAUGCAUGAGUUCUUUUAAUUAAUAAGUGCUACUCAAUGGAGUUGGUCUAGCUUGGAACUAUUUUCAGCCCUUUUUGAUAAUUUUUAGAGUGAAAGCAGAUUGUAAUUGUAAGGCCGACAUUGGACCUCUCUCUCUCUUUCUCACACACAUUUUUCUAAUGUAUUAAUUAUUCGUGUUUU